UCGAGGAGAAUUUGUUUAAAUUGUAGCGGACAAUUAGAGGUAGCUGAUCGAUGGAAUAGGAAUUAAAAAGACUUUUGAUCUCUUCAUACUCUUCAGAAUUAUUUGUCAUCUCCAAUAGUUCGGGUGCAAUUACUUUUUAUCGUAGGAAGCAAGACAGUAGGAAAAAAAGUUGUUACAAUCAUACUCGUAUAAAACGUGCACUUGUACUCUUUGCACGUGACUGUGAUAUUAAAGCAUCGAAGGAUAUUAUCUGAACAGAAAAAAACAAUUUUUAACAACAUAGAAAAAGCUAUGUCAAGUUGUGACGAAAUGAGCCCACAGGAUUUAUCUUCUAGGGGAGACCCUUGUGAUUAUGGCGACACCUCCAAACUCGGUGGCGGAGGCGGCGAGCAUGUCAAAAGACCCAUGAACGCUUUUAUGGUGUGGUCCCGAGGACAACGAAGAAAAAUGGCCCAGGACAAUCCAAAAAUGCACAACUCGGAAAUAAGUAAGAGGCUUGGUGCCGAGUGGAAAUUGCUAUCGGAAGAGGACAAGAGACCAUUUAUUGAUGAAGCAAAGAGACUCCGAGCGCUACAUAUGAAGGAACAUCCGGACUACAAAUACCGGCCCAGAAGGAAACCUAAAUCUCUGCUCAAGAAAGAUAAGUAUCCUUUCCCGAUGGCUAUGCCAAUGAUUCCCGGUAUUAGCCCACUGGGCGGCCUGCCCCCGGGCUUUGGUUCUCUAGUCCCGACGUCAGAAGCUAUGUCGUUAAACGAAAAAAUGAGAGCGUUUCUCCCACCAUCUUCGUCUGCUCACUCUCCUUUUAGUCACAUGGACGGAAGUGGUAAAUUGGACAGUGGUAUUUCUAGCGGUCUCAGUGCCCACGAUAGACUGUACUCCCCCUAUCUAUCUGCGUUAAACGCCCACUCCUCAUCAGCAGCCGCUGCCUUGAGCGGGAUGCCCCCGGCGGCACAUUCACAUCCGGGACAGUACCUCCUUCCUUAUUGCCCACCCAGUUAUAUGCCCUCGCAAAAUGACAUUAAUCGUCCAGUGGCGUAUGUAUUUGUGAAACCUGAAGACCAUUAUAGCCGUCAUCCCGCCAUGAUCUGAGAUACUAUUGUACAACAGGUGAUUUGUUGUUAUUCGUAUGAAGAAGUAAAGUAUGUAAGCGUGUUCAAAAUGUGCUAGUGAGAACUUAUGAAUUUCUCAUUUCGUAUUUUAUGUUUUCGUUAUAAUUUGCGAAAAUGAUCUCUGUUUACCGUUAGAAACGGAUAACUUUUUUUAUCAAGAAGUGCUAGAAUGAAGACUUAAUAACAAAAUUUUCUCCCUUAGACGUAACUUUUUUGUUUGUUUGUUGGUGCUUUAUUAAAUACAACGUUUAAUUGUUUAUAUUCUUUUUAAUGAAAGUAUUUAUGAUGUUCUGUAUGUACUUUGCAAUAGAGCUUUUUUACCUGUAUAUUUUUCUUUGAAUUGUUCUUAAAUGGCAUUUAAGAUAACAUGUACUUCGUUCAAUUUUAAUACAGUUUCCUCUAUAUCGAAACAUUUCAGACUUCCAAGACUUGUUUUAAGUCUCAAGCUUGUUUUUUCUAUCAAGAUAAUGAGGAAAGGUAUAGAAAAAAUAUCCUUUUAUUUUUUUCCUUUUCAUAAACAUAUGAUUCUUUUGAUAAUAUGAUAAUGGAAGAGUGCUUUUUCUAAAAAGAUAUAUGAAUAUUAAGGAAGUGUAAUACAAUAAAUUGUUAUCCAGUGAUUUUAUUUUUCAUGUACAAAUUUUUUGCAUUUUAAUUUUCAUUGCAUUUUUUAUAACACCUGAUAUUUUGUAUGUUUUGUAUUCUUUGUUGAUGCAUAUGAACUUUAUAGAAUUACAAAUCUUUAGAAAA